AUGCUCCAGUGCUGCGGGCUGGCCGCGAGCUGGUCCCUGGCUGACAGGUGUUCCUGGUGCCUUCCUGCCGUGCUUUCCCUGGGCUGGUGUUUGCUGAGACACCGAGACAGGCCGCCAUCCCCUGUCAACGUGACUGUGACGCAGCUGAAGGCAAACUCUGCCACAGUCUCCUGGGACGUUCCAGAAGGAGACGUGGUCAUCGGCUAUGCCAUCUUACAGCAGCGGCAAGAUGGACAGAUGCAGCGCUUCAUCCGGGAGGUGAACACCACCAACCGGGCCUGUGUGCUGUGGGACUUGGCGGAGGACGCGGACUACAUCAUCCAGGUGCAGAGCAUCGGCCUGUAUGGAGAAAGCCAGGCCAGUAAGCGUGUCCACUUCCGCACCCUGAAGGAGACCGACCGCCUCCCUUCCAACAGCUCCAACCAAGGUGACAUCACCAUGGAAGGGCUGGACAAAGACAGGCAGCUGCAGACAGGCGAGAUCAUCAUCAUCGUGGCUGUGCUGCUCAUGUGGGCAGCGGUCAUCGCCCUCUUCUGCAGACAGUAUGACAUCAUCAAGGACAACGACUCCAACAACAACAAGGAAAAGACAAAGCCAUCCUCGGAGCACAGCACACCAGAGCGACCGAGUGGAGGGCUGCUGCGGAGCAAGAAGAAGUCUCCCUCGGUCAAUAUAAUUGAGGUGUAA